UAUAUACAUGCCUAGCAGAACACGACAUGUUAAGAACUCCAUUAAACAAAUCCAUAAAACUGGAUAUCCUAUAUUAUCCUCGUGUUCAAUUUGUGUGGCCAAAGGGACCCGUUUCAGUAGGACACAACGUGAAUUUGUCCUGCUCAUAUUAUAGCAACCCGUUAGAAGCUGAAAUAUCAUGGACAAAAAAUGGUCAAAAUAUCGAUUAUAGCCAUUCCAAUGUCACAAACAUUGUGGUGAAAAGUGAAAGAAACUUGACAGAAAUAGAUCUAAUAACAGAAGAUGCUCAAGGUGUAACUUUUUUUAUGUUUCUAAAUGUGACAAAAACGGAUGAAGGAGCAUACACGUGUAAUGUAACUAAUACUGAGGGAUCGGCAAGUGAAACUGUAUAUUUAGUUGUACAAGAUAACGACAGUGAAACCGUUUCCCAUUCCAUCCCACCGUAUUCAGGAACUUCUGUCAAAGGAUUUUCAAUGAAAGAACAAAUGAUCUAUGGUGUCAUCGUUGUGAUAGUUGAAGUAGUUUUGAUUAUAAUUUCCCUUGUUGGUCAUGCUUAUAUCAGGUUUAGAUGCAUACAAACUAAUUACCCAGUGGCCCAGACAGAUGUGAGGCAAAUAUCAUUUGAAAUUGAAAUGCGAGAUAUAACAUCUACUGAAGAUGAUGUAAACGAAGAAUUGAGAAACCAACAGUUGUCGACAAACCAUCAGAAUGCAUCUGUCGAUGACAGACAAAGUGAUUGGAGCACAACAAAUAGUCGGUCAUCUUCUUUGCAUUCUAACAUAUCUCAAAAUAUGAAUGAGGAUGAUUAUUUACAUCCGUAUCAUAGUUUUGUACAGAGUAGAAUGGAUGUGCAUGAAUACGUUAUUGUCGAUAGGAAAGUAAAUGCGGAAUAUGAAGAAAUCGCUAACGUUCAUGUAUCUAAAGACCAAAUUAGAGAUUAUGAAAAUACAAAACUAUAAAUCGCUUCGGACGCACAAAAUUUAUAUAGUGUUACUUUCAUUUACAAUAGUGAAAAAAUAGAAGGAU